AUGGACCAUGGGCAGUUCUUCUCCUGCCCUGUGCACCGCCUGUUCUGGCAGCUUCCUGAACGCCUCCCUUCUCUCUGCUCCACCUACCGGAUCCCUCUCAUCUUUCAAAGAGUCCAGAUUCCAAGCCAGGCUGCCCAGCUCUGGGUUCAGCCUCUCCAGUGCUUUGAGAGCUGCCGGGCUUGGCCUCCCUGCUCGGACGCCCGCGCGGGCCCCAAGCCGAGGGCGCAGGCGCGGCCCAGCCUACAGGUGGCGGGGAAAACCCAGGAAGUGGCGCGGGCGCUGAUCAGACGCGCUGACAAUAAGUCCCGAGUGACGAGUGACAGCGGCCGGGCCAGGCCGGAGCCGUCUUCACAGGGCCUGCAGACGGGGCUGGCUAUGGGACCCUGCCCCGAAGAGCAGUACUGGGAUCCCCUGCUGCGCGGCUGCAUCUCCUGCAAAUCUACCUGCAACCAUCGGAACCAGCGCACCUGUGCAGCCUUCUGCAAGUCACUCAGCUGCCGCAAGGAGCAAGGCAAGUACUAUGACCAUCUCCUGAGGGACUGCAUCAGCUGCAUCUCCACCUGUGGACAGCACCCCAAGCAAUGUGCAUACUUCUGUGAGACCAAGCUCAGGAGCAGAGUGAACCUCCCACCAGAGCUCAGGAGACAGCAGAGUGAGGAGGCUGAAACCAGGUCAGACAACUCGGGAAGGUACCAGGCAUCAGAGCACAGAGGCUUGGAGGCAGGUCCAGCUCCCCCGGGGCCCAAGCUGAGUGCAGACCAGCUGGCGCUGGUCUACAGCACGCUGGGGCUCUGCCUGUGCGCUGUCCUCUGCUGCUUCCUCCUGGCCAUGGCCUGCUUCCUCAAGAGGAGGGGCGAUCAGUGCUCCUGCCAGCCCCUCGCAGGGCCCUGCGGGUCCCCGGCCAAGUCGUCGCAGGAUCGCGCGACGGAAGCCGGCAGCUCCUUGGACGCGCCGCCGGAGCCGGUGGAAACGUGCAGCUUCUGCUUCCCCGAGCGCAGGGCGCCCACCCAGGAGAGCGCGGGCGUGCCCGGGACCCCUGGCCGCGCCGGGACUGCGGCCCUGCAGCCCUGCGCGCGCGCCUCGGACAGCUGCCUCGGCGUCGUGUGCGCGCCCGCCCAGGACGGGGGGCCCGGGCGCGUGCUGGGGAGAUGAGCCGGGGAGAGC